UACAAGCUCUACCUCUGCGUUUGUCUACUUGAGGUAUCUGUAAUAAAUCGAAUUACAAAAGACAUGAAGCGCAAGAAGUGGACGGAAGAAGAAGAAGAAACCCUAAUCAACAAAUACUCUGAGCUCCUCAACUCCGGAACCUUAGGAAAGCUCAAAACGAGAGAAAAAAAAUUCGAACCAAUCGCAGACCAUGUGAACUCCGUCCACCAUCUACAAGACCCAGUGAAUUACCCCUUUCGCUGGUCGUGGCGAGAUGUCUCCAUUAAGGUCCAGAAUAUGCGCCACCAAUACCUGGGCGUGAAGCAGAAGAUUAGGGUUUCAGAUGAUGAGUUUAACUGGAAGGAUGGGGAGAAUCACUGGCAGAAUUUCUUGAAGUACAAGGAAGUGUUUGGAGAUGUAGAGCUUGAGGUGAAGGAUAAAGGUUUGGGAGGAGUUGGUGAAGAUGAUGGAAUUUUUGGGUAUGAGAAUUUUGUUGAUGGUGGUGAUGAUUUGGGAAUUGGGUUAGGGCUUGAUUGUGAGGAUCUUGAGGUAGAUGGGGAUGAGGGUGGAGCAGAGAGUGAUGGUGACGAUGGUGAUGAUUCGGGCUUGAUUCAGGCGAAGAGGUUGAAGAGGAGUGAUUGGGGUGGUUUAGGGUUGAUGGGUGCACAGGUUUUGGAGCUGAGGGAUAUGAUGGUGAGGAGAGAAGAAAAGCGGAGAGAGAGGGAAUUCAAUAGAGAAGAGGCAGAGGCUGUUAGAGAGCAGGGGAAGCGAGAUAGGGAGAAGAGGAAGGAAGAGAGGCGAAAGGAGAGGGAUGGUUGGAUGGAAAGUCGGGAAUUUGAGUGGGAAGAGAGGCAGAGGAUGUGGGCAAGGAGGGAAUUCGAGCGUCGCUUGCAACUUGAACGGGAAUUGGAUGACGAACGGCGGCGGAGGAUGAAAGUAGAGGAAGAUAAGGAACAGGAGGAGAUGGAGUGGAGGGAGAGGAUGGUGGGUAUGCAGAUUGAGCAUGAGAAGCAGAUGAUGCAGAUGCAUGCAGAUGCUUGCCAGAAUCAAAUGCAGAUUCUGGGAGUAUUAGUUAGGCUAAUGUGCCAGUUUAUUGGGCCAGGGAAUGAUGCAUUAGCUGGUGGGCUUGGUGGUCUGGGUCCUCAGGUUUUGCAGAAUUUACAGCAUCCAGGGAGCUUGGUGGGUGACAAUGGGAAGCCUGAUGUUAACUCACCUUCUCACUUCAUGUAGAGUGUAAGUGCAAUUCUUCUAUUUACUCAUGGAUGGUGUAAAACCUGUUAAUUCUUAUUAGGGCUUCAUAGUUUUUGUAGUUUUGUUGUUUUCUCAGGAUUUGUUGAAUGAAACUUCUCUAUGGUUGUGGAA